GGAGAUAUUUACUUGGAGAAGACUGGUAUCAUGUAUACAAUGGCGCUCGUCGUCCCUUUCAUUGGAUGCUCCCGGACAACAGUUAUACUACCAGCGCAUGGAAGGCGUCAUCGUUUGAAUGCCUCUAGCAUAGUCACCGUUUCUCUUGUGCAGCCUAGUGGAAGCGAACAGUCGGUAGAUUGGCGGGAAGCAACGUCAAGCUUCUUUGACCGGGACACUCGACCAAUCAUGCUUUUCGACGGCGUUUGCAACUUGUGUAAUGGAGGUGUGAAGUUUGUUCGUGACCAUGAUAGGAAUAGGAUAAUAAGAUUCGAAGCUCUCCAAAGUGACGCAGGGAAGAAGCUUCUUAGGAGGAGUGGACGAGCUUCUGAUGAUAUUUCUAGUGUUGUACUUGUUGAGAAAGAACGUUCAUAUAUUAAAUCAGAAGCUGUAUUGAAGAUAAUGGAGUACAUAAACAUACCCUUUCCUCAACUAGCCUUCUUUCUGCAAUUUGUGCCUAUCAGCUUCUUGCGCGAUUUUGUAUAUGACAAUGUUGCAAACAACCGAUAUGCCUUCUUUGGUCGCACUGAAUCAUGUGACAUAUAAUAUAGCAGGUUUGUGUUAUUUUGGCUUAUAUUUACAUGAUGUUUUGCAAUUGUCAACACCGCACACAAACACAAAAAACAUGGAUGGUAUACAAGUUACGGAAUCUAAUGAUUUCCUGCAAACA